AUGGGUAUAUUGCAUGUGCUGUUCAAGGCGGAUGAUGACGUGAGAGGGUCAAAGGCGAGAGCCAUUCUAAUCGGUAUGUUCGUGGCCUUUGGUGGUGUGCUGUUUGGCUAUGACACCGGUACCAUUUCUGGUAUCAUGGCUAUGGACUAUGUCAAGAAGACCUUCACCUCCACUGGAUCUUUCACAGCAAGUGAGACAUCUCUGAUCACUUCCAUUCUUUCAGCUGGUACUUUUGUAGGUGCAAUCAGCGCUCCUCUGGCAUCCGAUACGUUAGGUAGAAGACUGGGUUUAUUCAUUUCAUGCAUUGUGUUCUGCAUUGGUGUCGCAUUGCAGACUGCUUCUUCCUCCCAACCACUUUUGAUCGUUGGCAGAGUCAUUGCAGGUGUAGGUGUUGGUGUGUUAUCGUCCAUUGUUCCUCUUUAUCAAUCUGAAGCGGCUCCAAAAUGGAUCAGAGGUGCAGUGGUCUCCUGCUACCAAUGGGCCAUCACCAUUGGUCUUUUAUUGGCUGCCUGUGUCAACGAAGGUACUCACAAAAGAAAUGACAGCGGAUCUUACAGGAUCCCAAUUGCUAUUCAAUUUCUGUGGGCUAUCAUUUUGAUGGUCGGUAUGGUGUUCCUUCCAGACACACCAAGAUUCCACGUCAUGAAGGGCAACUUUCAAAAGGCACGCACGGCAUUGUGCAAACUAAGAGGCCUAAAGCCUGAGGACAAGUUCAUCGAAGAAGAAUUGGAGGAAAUCGUUGCAAAUUAUGAGUACGAGAAGACUCUGGGUAGCACAAAGAUCACCGAUUGUUUCAAGACUGCUAACCAUCAACUAAAGCGUAUCAGUACUGGUAUUGUUAUUCAAGCUUUGCAACAGCUAACGGGUAUCAAUUUCAUUUUCUACUACGGUACUCAAUUUUUCAAGAGUUCAGGUAUUAACAAUCCCUUCGUUAUCCAAUUGAUUACGAACAUCGUUAACGUUGUCUCCACAAUUCCUGGUAUUGCCCUUGUCGAACUGGCUGGUAGAAGAAGGCUGCUAUUAUGGGGUGCAGUGGGUAUGUGUGUCAGUGAAUUUAUUGUCGCCAUUGUUGGAACUGCACUACCAAACAGUCAAGCUGCCAAUAAGACGUUGAUCGCCUUUUCCUGUACUUUUAUUGCUUCAUUCGCAGCCACUUGGGGCCCACUGGCAUGGGUCGUUGUAGGAGAAAUCUUCCCAUUGAGGGUCAGAGCCAAGUCCGUUGCAAUCUGCGCAGGUUCUAAUUGGUUGUUCAACUUUGUUAUCGCAUUUAUCACCCCUUACUUAGUGGACGCAGAUAGAGCCAAUUUGAAGUCAAAGGUGUUCUUCAUUUGGGGUGGUUGUACGUUCCUCUGUAUCCUUUUCGUGUACCUAUUCGUCUAUGAAACAAAGGGUCUCACUUUGGAGGAAAUUGACGAAUUGUACGAGACUGUUAGCGAUGCACGCAAAUCAAGAGGCUUUGUACCAACCAACAAAUUCCUCCACACUUCACCAAUUCCAAUCGAGAAAGAGACUUCCAACGAUAACAAUACCGAAAAGGCCACCGUCGAUUUUGUCGAAAAGGUCUGA